ACAUUUUAAAGAAAAUUGCCUCAUAUUUUCAAAUUGAUUCAUUCAAAUCUUAUGUUGAUACAUGUAGUCACGUGUAUAUAUAAUCAUGAUUUACAAACUGAGUUAACUGAGUGUUGAUCAAUAAAACAAAACAUCGAUUAUGUGGCUUGAUUUCAUUUGCUCAAGUUACCGUCUAACUCAGAGAACUUUCUCUCUCAAUUACGACGAUCAACAUCACAUUUACUCCUUUAUAUAACACUGUUUUCAAAUUUUUUCUUGCAUUGUGAAUGUGUAAACAGAGAGGACAAGAGGUAGGCAGAGACAAAUGAAGGAUGGAUGGAGGAAGGGAGGAGGAGUGUAAGGUAUGAUGGGAGGAGGACCAAGUAGGUAUAUAAGAUGCUGGCCAUCGCCUCCCGUCUUCACCAGCAUUCAUCUCUCCUCAAGGAACAGAAGAGCAACAACCUUCUAACAGCAAGAAUGUCUAAUGUUCUAAACUCGGAGAAUGCCUCCACUCUGGAGAACGCCAUGCAGCUGAUGAUCCAGACGUUCCACAAGUACUCUGGAAAUGAGGGUGACAAAUACACUCUCAGCAGGCAGGAACUCAAAGAGAUGCUAACGCAGGAGCUGAGCAACUACCUUGGGAAUGCACAGGAUAAGGAUGCGGUAGAUAAAGUUAUGGGAGACCUGGAUUCAAACAAUGACGGUGAGGUGGACUUCACAGAGUUCGUCAUCCUCGUUGGUGCCCUCACUGUCGCCUGCAACGACUUCUUCCUCGAGUAUCAUGAAAAGGAUGAAAAGAAGGCUGAAAAGAAAGAGUAGAGUUGCAUUUCUCCGAACAAAAGCCAACACAUGACCAGCGAAUGAUGAUGAGGGGGAAAUGAGGGGAGAAAGGGAAUAUGUGUGUGUGUUUGUGUGUGUGUAUGAAUCUUCCUUACUGAUACUUACAAAGUU